AUGUCUUCCGACGCAAUGUCGGACUACUCCCACGAUGACGAACACGACCCUCAGACUGAUGAGCUCCGCGAGACCGCUUUGGUGACGUUGGAGGCAUUGAUCAGCUCGUGCAGUUCUCAGAUGCAAUCAUACCUGCCCAAUACCAUUAACUCGGCUUUAAGGUUUCUGAAAUAUGACCCGAACGUUGCCGAUAUGGGAGAAGACGAGGAAAUGAGCGGAACACAAGAUGAUGGGUCCGAGGACGACGUUACGGAGGAGCCCGAUCUGGAAGAUGACGACUUCGAGGACUUUGAGGAAGAAGGAGGCUACAGUGACAUAGAUGAUAUGAGCUGGAAGGUCCGUCGAUGUGCGGCAAAGCUUCUCUAUGCCGUCAUUUCCACCUAUGGGCGUGGCCGUGCUCUGGACGAUACAUCUUUGUACCAGCAGAUAGCACCUGCUAUCGUCGCUCGCUUCAACAAAGAGAGGGAAGAAAGCGUGAAGCUCGAACUUGUGUCUACUAUGGAUGCCCUUGUACGCAAAACCGCUGAAGGUUCUAUGAUAAUGACCUCCAGUGGAUUUUUGGAGUCAGUCGGUAGUGGUUCCAAGAUCUCGAGAAAGCGUAGACGGCAAGAUAGCGAUGCCAGUAUGAUUGACUUUGAGCCCAGUAUGGGUACUUCGUCCGCAGCGGGCACUCCUCUGGCCGCACCUUCUUCGCCACAAUCGGGUCCCCAAUCAGAACUGGCUAAUGCCUUGCCAGUCAUUGUUCGAAGUUUGGUCACAAUGUGGAAGCAGGCCUCCAUCCAUCUGAAGCAAGCCAUCAUAAUUCUGCUCAAGAGCUUGGCUCUUGUUCGGUAUGGGGGACUUGCAGAUCACCUUCAGCAGAUUGAAGACCCAAUCGCCGAUGUGCUCAAAUCGUCAUUGUCUGGCGCUCCCUCUGCGUCUAUCGGAAUAUCUGCGAGCGCGGGGACACUGCAGAUUGAAACCCUGAGUUUGAUUUCUGCUAUCUCCGAAACACACGCUUCGGAUGCUCUUCUUCCGUUCCUCAUUGCACUGAUUCCUGGGGUCAUCGUUGCGGUCAAUGAUAAAAAUUACAAAGUGAGCAGCGAAGCGCUUGCCGCAGUCGAACAAAUUGUAAAGGCUCUUACACCGCCUCGGGUGACUACUGCGUCACAAGAUCUUAUUUUCCAGUUGGAAAAGCUGUAUGAUGUUAGUCACAGCCGUAUUACUGACACGAGUGCCGACCUCGAAGUUCGGCAGCGGGCUAUCCAUGUUCUUGGUGUCCUUCUUGCUCGAACAUCUGAUGAACAAGGAUCCGCAUUCCUCUCAUUUGAGAAACGAUCCAAGGGACUUGUAACUCUUGUCGACCGCCUGAAGAACGAAACUACGCGUCUUUCUGCCGUUCGCGCGAUAGAUGAUGUAGCUGUCCUCUGCUCACGAAAAGAUGACGUUGACUCUAACUGGGUACGUGAGGUUACUGCAGAGCUCGGAGCACAGCUGCGGAAAUCAGACCGUGUCCUCCGCAGUGCCAGCUUAGAGACCCUCCGCAGCCUCUCCAUGAAUCCUAACACACGAGCACAUUAUGAUGGCGAAACGAUGAAGAAUCUCGAAGAGUGCCUCAUUCCUCUCAUCAGCGUGGAGGAUGUCCAUUUACUAGCGCCGUCACUUAUCAUCAUCGCAAAGCUUGUCCCCGGGAAUGCUCAGCUUCUUGUCAACGAUGGCCUGGUGUCAGCUAUUUGCUCGAUAGUCCGUACAUCACUGGCUGGAACGGUUUUGAAGGCGUUGUUAUUAUUGGUCAAGGUUAUAGGAGAAGAGGGAAGCGGAUUAACCCUAAUGCAAAAUCUUUUGCAGGAUGUUGGGGUUAAUGGGGAUACGUCUGUGGUCGGUCGGUCAAUUGGCACGCUCCUAGUCCAUGGCGGUUCGAAUGUCGGUGUGCGGAUGGAGGAUUUCUUGUCUGAGCUGCAAAAGACACAAGAUCCUCAGCGCCAAUGUCUUGCUCUCGCCAUCCUAGGCGAAUCUGCUCUUCGACUCGGUGCCAGUUGCUCACUAACUCCCAACGUGUUUAUUCCUCAUUUCAAUUCCAAAUCCGAAAAGGUCCGCUUGGCUUCAGCUACGGCGCUCGGAAAUGCCGCUGCCGGCAAUGUUAAAGCCUAUCUACCAACUAUCUUAGGUGGUCUGGAAAAGUCCGAUCCCCAAAGUUACCUUCUCCUCCAUUCCGUCAAGGAGUUACUGCAGCAUCCUGAGAUGGUCAGGCGAGAUGUGGCGCCCUCUGCACUGAAACUUUGGCAGGCAUUGCUCGUUGUUUCCAAGGAAGAAGAUAACCGUGCUAUGGGAGCUGAAUGUGUUGGGCGGCUGGCGUUACUUGACCCUCCUGCCUACAUCCCACAAUUCCAGGAAUAUCUGGCCAACGGAGAUGCUGGGAUCCGCAGCAUCGUGGUAUCUGCUUUCCGAUUCACGCUCUCCGACUCACGAGACGUCUUCAAUGAUGUUCUCAGACCCUUGAUUGUGCCCCUCCUCGUCAACAUGCUCAGUGACCGAGAUCUAGGCAACCACCGUCUUGCCCUGACAACUCUCAAUUCAGCAAUCCAUAACAAACUCGCUCUAAUCCUCCCUCACCUAGGCGAACUCCUUCCUGCGGUCCUUGGAGACACUCAAAUCAAACCAGAGCUUAUCAGAGAAGUGCAAAUGGGCCCAUUCAAGCACAAGGUCGACGACGGACUCGAACUGCGCAAGAGCGCUUACGAAACCGUCUAUGCCGCCCUUGACACCUCGUUCUCCCUCUCCCACAUCACCGAACUCUACAGCCGAAUCCUAGCUGGAAUCGACGACGAGCAAGACAUUCGUACAAUCUGCAACCUCAUGACCUCAAAACUCAUCACCCUCGCCCCCGAAGAAACUCAGCGACACCUCGACGCGCUCUCAGAACGCUACACCGCCAUCCUCAAUUUCAAGCCCAAAGAGAACGCCGUAAAGCAGGAGAUCGAGAAGGCGCAGGAGGCGUCAACGGGUGUUCUAAAGAUUACACGCGAAUUGUCCAAAGCAUUCCCUAAUGCUGAGACGAUGGGUGACCAUCACAAGUGGAAGGCUUAUAUGGAAAUGGUAAGGGCACAGUUUGGCACGCAACUGAGUAACCUCGAGUCGGAGUUCUAA